AAGUGAAUUUGAAGGAGCCUAAGUAGACAAAAAUAAGAAGAGGACGAAAAACCCAGAGACUCAACACACAGCACUGUUUUCUUGGAAAGCAGGGGGAAAACGACGCUGCCAGGAACAGCAUACUUUGGGUAGAAGAGUUGCAGAGAAAUGUGAGGAGGGGAGAAGAGAGAGUCAGGAGCUAAAGAUGCAUUCUUACCCCAUGUGAGGAGUCAGCCGAGAGAUGGAAAACUUCAUUCUCUAUGAGGAGAUUGGCAGAGGAACCAACACCGUGGUCUACAAAGGGCGGCGGAAGGGGACGAUCAACUUUGUGGCCAUCCUGUGUGCUGAAAAGUGCAAGAGACCGGAAAUCACCAACUGGGUCCGUCUCACGUAUGAAAUUAAGCACAAGAAUAUCGUGACUUUUCACGAAUGGUACGAGACCAGCAAUCACCUGUGGCUCGUGGUGGAGCUCUGCACGGGCGGAUCCUUAGAGACAGUUAUUGCCCAGGACGAGAACCUUCCAGAAGAUGUUGUGCGAGCAUUUGGCGCUGACGUGAUCGCCGGAUUACACUAUCUCCACACUCUGGGCAUCGUGUUCUGUGACAUUUCUCCAGGGAAGAUUCUUCUGGAAGGUCCCGGCACGCUGAAGUUUAGCAAUUUCUGCUUGGCCAAAGUGGAAGGGGAAAACCUAGAGGACUUCUUCGCGCUGGUGGCUGCCGAGGACGGAGGCAGCGGCGACAGCGGGGAAAACACCCUCAAGAGAAACAUGAAAGCCAGGGUGAAGGGGUCUCUGGUGUACACAGCCCCGGAAAUCGUGAGGGGCACGGACUGCACCCGUGCCAGCGACCUGUGGUCGGUGGGCUGCCUGCUGUACGAAAUGUUCUCAGGAAAGCCCCCGUUCUCCUCAGAAAGUCCUUCGGAGUUAAUUGAGAAGAUUUUGUACGAAGAUCCCUUGCCACCCAUCCCAAAAGAUUCUUCACUUCCUAAAGCAUCAUCAGAUUUUAUUCACUUGCUUGAUGGGUUACUUCAGAAAGAUCCUCAGAAAAGGUUGACGUGGGCGGGGCUGCUGCAGCAUCCGUUCUGGAAGGACGCGUUGCUGAGGGAUGAGCAGGAGUCGGGCCUCGAAGACCUGAGCCUCAGUAGUAGCCGAGCUGCCAUGGAACAUUCUGGGCUCCAGGAUUCCAGGGAGUUUUUGAAGAGUCCUCUGAAUGCCCAAGCGAAAGGUCAGAGGAGCGGCCAGUGGACAUGUCGCUCUUUCAGACUCGAAAAUCCAACGGAGCUGCGCCCCAAGAGCACCGAGGACGGCGAGUUAAACGAAGCCAUGUUUCUCCUCAGUUCUCGCCCAACCCCGAGGACCAGCACUGUGGUUUUACAUCCUGAUGAGGCCCUCACCCCGGAUUCACCGCCGAAGAACUCUCCUCUGAUCGAGGGCACAGAUGGACCCCUGAGCCAGGAGGCGCUGGAGGUGCAGAUACGGGAGCUCAUCUACACGGAGGCCGAUCUAGUUGUCACCCCGAUUAUUGACAAUCCCAAGAUAAUGAAGCCGCCGCCGAUGAAGUUUGAUCCCAAAAUCCUGCAUCUCCCCGCGCAUUCCGCCGAGAAGCUGCUGGGUCUGAGGGAGCAGGACUGGAGCAAGUUCCUGCAACAGGCCUGCUCGCAGCUCGACUCCACAGAGAAGAGCACAGUGGCCUCGCGGGCCAAGCUCAACCUCCUGUGCUACCUGUGCGCGGUGGCGUCUCACAAGGCCGUGGCCACGCGGCUCCUGCAUUCCCCCCUGUUCAACCUGCUCGUGCAACACCUGCGGAUCGCCACAAACUGGGAUGUACGCUCCAAGGUGGCGCGCGUGAUCGCCCUGCUGGCGUCCCACACCACCGAGCUGCAGGACAACGCGCCCGUGGUCGAGGCAAUCUCCCUGCUGACGGAAUUGCUCCGGGAGAACUUUAGGAACAGCAAAUUGAAGCAGUGCCUGCUGCCCGCCCUGGGUGAACUCCUGUACCUGGUGGCCACGCAGGAGGAGAAGAAGAACCACCCUCGGGAGUGCUGGCCGCUGCCCUCCGCCACCUACGCCGUGGUCAUGAGAUGCCUGCGGGAAGGGGAGGAGCGCGUGGUGAACCACAUGGCGGCGAAGGUGGUGGAGAACGUGUGCAGCACGGGCGCGCCGCAGGGCCAGGGCUUCAUCACCAGCGAGGCGGGCCCCGCGCUCUGGUUCCUCUUCCGCCACUCCACCGUGGACGCGCUGCGCCUCACCGCCAUCUCGGCCCUGUGUCGCAUCACCCGGCAGUGUCCCGCCGCCUUCCAGAACGUGAUUGAGAAGGUGGGGCUGCCGGCCGUCCUGGGCGCCUUGGCCUGCUCGGCCUGCAAGGCGCAGCAGUGUCUGCUCACCCUCUUCGCCACCAUGCUGUCCUGCGGCCUCCACCUGCAGAGGCUCGUCCAGGAGAAGGACUUCGUGUCGACGGUCAUGCGGCUCCUGGACAGCCCCUCCACGCCCAUCCGAGCCAAAGCCUUCCUGGUGCUCCUCUACACCCUCAUCCACAACCGCGAGAUGCUGCUGCUCACCUGCCACGCCAGGCUGGUGAUGUACAUCGAGAGGGACAGCAGGAGGACCUCGCCGCGCCCCGAGCCGCAGGGCUGCGCCCAGCACCUGGCCCGGUGCCUGCGGCUGCUCACGCAGCACGUCGCCCAGGAGCUGCCGGGCAUUCUGGGGGACAUCCUCCAGGCCCUGGCUAACGUGUCCGGCCGCAAACACCCGUCGACGGUCCAAGGCCGGCAGCUGAAGCUGUGCCUUCCCAUGAUGCCCGUGGCCCUGUACUUGGUCACUUCCCAGGUAUUCCGGCCUCGAGUCAUCACGGAGGAAUUCCUCUUCAGUUACGGAACGCUUCUGGGUCACAUUAAGUCGAUCGACUCCGGAGAAACCAACAUCGACAGCGCCGUCGGGCCGGCGGCGGCAGCCGAGUUCAUCAAGAUGGCCCUGUCCACUCUAGAAGCGGUGAUCCAGUACCCGGCCUUCCUGAAGCAGCACCACGCCACGGUCGUCGGCUACGUCCUGCCUCCGUUAGUGUCUCUGCUCCAAAGUCAAAACGUGGAGUGGCGGCUGGUGAGCCUGCGGCUGCUGUCAGAAGCUACGUCGCUGCUCGUGAACCCCGAGGCCGGCGCGGGGGCGGAGGCGGCCCAGGCCAAGUCGGACAGCGCCCUCCUGAGCCUCGUGCGAGACACGCUGCUCCCGCAGUUCGCGCAGGUCCUCACGGAGUCCGGCCCUGUCCCUGCGUACGCGCUGAAGCUCCUCGUGGCCAUGACGGAGCAGAACGCCACCCUCACCAGGCUGGUGGUGCAGAGCAAGCUGCUGCUGCCGCUCAUCUUCGACCUCAUCCUGGAGCCGCAGGAGGGCGUGGCGGGGAGCAGCUCGCAGAGCGUCGUGGCGCUGCUCAGCAACCUGGUGGCCAGCCGGGACUCGAACCUGAACCUGCUGUACGAGCACGGGCUGGUGAGCCGCGUGUGUGGCCUGUUCACGCACACGGCCACGCUCUACCUGGACGGGAUGAGCAAAAGCAACAACGAGAUGGCCACGGCGCUGCUCCGCUCUCUGUUGGACAUCCUGCAGGCCAUGCUGACGCACGCGUCCGGGGUGGUCCGCCAGGCGCUCCAGGCCCAGAAGUCGGGCUCCGGAGGGGCCACGCAGGCCGCCGAGAACCUUCUGGUCCACAGCAAGCCGCUCACGGGCCUCUCCAGCCACCUCAUCCUGCUGCUCCCCAGCGAGGACCCCGAGGUGUUCGAGGCGGCGGCGCGCUGCCUGUCGGUGCUGGCGCAGCUGUACGGCGGGGAGCGGCCGGCCCGCCUGGCCCCCGCGCACCUGCACAGCUGGGCGGCCGCGCUGGGCGCCCGGCCCGAGCCCCGGGAGCGAAAGCUGCUGCUGCGGAUCCUCCGCAGGAUGGUGACGUCCAAUGAGAAGCACGCGGACAGCGUCAGGGGCGCGGGCGGCCUCGUGCAGGCCCUGGGCCGGCUGGCCGGGGCCGAGGGGUAG